GACUACAGCAUGCACCGCGACCGGAAACUACGUCCUGUAGCUUCCGGUUAAAAUACAAAAUUAUGCAGCUCUGCGGUUGUCAUUCACUUUAGCGUGCCUGAAAGCAAUAGCUAGAGAACAUCAUGCUGACCCCAGGGAAGGACGGGAUGCCCAGCAUGAUAGACAGGGCGCUGAGGAUGCGGAGGGAGGAACAGGCUCGUCAGGUGGUCCUGGCCUGGGCUGUGCUCAACGUGUCUCUAGCUGGCAUGAUUUACACUGAAAUGUCAGGGAAAUUGCUCAGCCGUUACUACAACAUCACCUACUGGCCUAUCUGGUACAUUGAACUGGUGCUAGCUUCUCUAUUUAGCCUAAAUGCCCUUUUUGACUUCUGGAAAUAUUUCAAAUACACAAUGUCUCCCUCCACCAUUGCUGUAUCCCCUGAACAGCAUCAACUUCUGGGUCUGAGAAACACAAGUAUUCAUGCCUCUCCGCCCCAAAAGCCAGAAAAAAAGGAGACCCCAGUUCCAGCGCAGUCGUCUCCACUGCAGGGCCAAAGUGUACUAAGUUUCAGCCCCUCACGGCCGGUCACCACCAGCCCCAAGUUCUCCCCCAGCUGUGUACCUGGGUACAGUCCUCCUCUCAGCAGCCCAUCCACCCCAAGCAGUGCUGGGGGGCCCUUUUCCCCCUCAGUGGCUUUUGGAAAGGUAUUGAACUACAGUCCCUCGCCUGGCUCCUCUCCCUACCCCAGCAGCAUUGGACCAGCAGAAGGCUCAAGCCUGAGAGCUCGAUAUCGCACAUCCCCCUCAGUGUUUAACUCCCCUGGAAGCAAGGAAGACUGCAUGCAGGAUUUGAAAAGCCUGGAGAGGUUCCUCCGCACAGAGGAGGAGAGGAGUCACCGCAGCCAGCUAGGGAGUCCAGAGUCUGUGUCUCCGAGCCACAGCCCAACAUUUUGGAACUACAACCGCUCAGUGGGAGAUUACGCCCAGAGCCUGAGGAAGUUUCUGUAUCAGCCGGCCUGCCGCUCUCAAGCCCCAUCUGCCCACAAGGAUGAGACGGACCUGGGCUCCAAACAGGCUGCAGAGGAGGUGUGGGCCAGAAUCACUACCAGUCGCCCUGUAGUGGACCGCAUUGAUAGCUGGACAGCCAAGCUUAGAAAUUGGAUCAGUGACACCAUCUUGGUCCCCCUGGUCAAGGAAAUGGACUCGGUCAACAGCCAGCUCAGGAGGAUGGGCUGCCCUGAGCUCCAUAUAGGAGAGGCCAGCAUAAGCAGCCUGAAACAGGCAGCAGUGAUGAAAGCCUCAUCCAUCCCCACUAUGAACUCUAUUGUUCAAUAUCUGGACAUCACUCCCAACCAGGAGUAUCUAGUGGACCGUUUAAAAGAGCUGGCCCACAGCGGCUGCAUGAGCUCCUUUCGCUGGAAUGGUGGGGGUGAUCUGAAGAACAGGAAGUGGGACACAGACCUCCCCACUGACUGUGCUAUUCUCAUGCAUAUGUUUUGUACAUACUUGGACUCCAGACUGCCCCCACACCCAAAAUACCCAGAUGGGAAAACUUUCACCUCACAGCACUUCAGUCACACCCCAGACAAACUUGAUGUUACCAAGGAGAGCCUCUUCUGCAUCCACCAAAGCAGCACCACUCCCCCGCACUACCAGCUCAUCUACCAGGGACAUAUCUACAGUCUACCCAAGGGCAGGAACAACCUGUUCCACACAAUUCUCAUGUUUCUCUAUGUCAUUAAGGCUAAGGAGUCAGGGAUGCUGGGGAGAGUAAAUCUUGGCCUCUCUGGUGUGAACAUCUUGUGGAUAUUCGAAAACUGAUGCGUUGUCAUUUACAAGUGGACCCACCCCCAAUACUCUGUGGCUUCACUGGUUGGAAUUUUGAAAGACAAUAAAUGCAUAUUUUUGGACAUUUUCUCAAUUUUAUUGUACAAAUUGGUAACAUUCUGUUUUGUCAUUUUAAGGACACAUUUAUGUUUCACCACAGUGUGCUUAUGAUACACUGCAGAGCUGUAUUUUUAACAUUGUUUUUUUCUUAUUUUGUAUUUUGAGAAUGUACCAGCAUCACAGCCUUGUAAAUAAUAUACCUCAGUUAUAUCUGGUGAAUUGUAAAGGGCUCAGACCCAUUUACCAUGAAUGUAAAUACAGUAUGUGUGGACUUGAUUUUUAUCAACUUCAAUAAUCUGGUGCAACUGGUAUAUAUUUUGUUUCUUCCUGUAGUUGAAUGAUUGUCUGCUGUGGUAGGGAUGUUCCUGACAUGCUUGAAGUCAACUACAGAAAUGGGAGUAAUGCACAAAUGGUUCAAGCAUCAAAGUGUUCUGUAGUACUAAGCUGCAAUGCAACACAACUAGUUAGUGUUUAUUUCUUUUGAUAUGUGAUAUGGCAUCCGCCAUUUGUUAAAUUUCAAACCUACAUGCUGUCUUGUUUUCAAUAAUGCCAUUUUACAUUUGUACCAAAAGACUAGAAAAUAAAAUUGAGAUAU